AUGGUAGAGUGCAGGAAGAACUGGAAAUAUAUCCUUGCAGCAGUGCUUUCUGGAGCUGCGGUGCUGACCAUUGGAAUCUUGCUGGGACACUAUGCAAUUCCAAAAGACACAGCUGGUCCGGCAGAGCCUAGCUGGGUUCACAGCCUAUCACAAGAUCUGAAUAAAGCUUUGCUCCAAGACUUUAUGGACCAAGUGGAGGCCAACAAUAUCCGUGAAAACCUCUGGAAGUUGUCCUCCAAGCCCCAUAUGGCUACCACUGAUGGGGACAAAGAGCUUGUGCAGCUGCUGCUGAAUCACUGGAAUAACCCUGAAACUGGUUUGGACAAUGCUACAGAGGUUGUCUAUGAUGUGUUCCUGUCAUUCCCUGACUCAAAGAGACCAAACAGUGUGGCUGUGGUGUUGGAAAAUGGCACCGAGGUCUUCACCUCCCGACAGAAAGAGGCAAAUCUCACAGUAGACCAGGAAGAUCCAGCAGUGGUCCAGCCCUAUGCAGCUUAUGCACCUCCAGGGAACCCCCAGGGGAAAUUGGUCUAUGCUAACCAGGGCAAACUGAGUGACUAUGAAGAACUAGUCCGAAAUGGCAUUGAUCUGAAUGGCACAAUAGCCAUAACCCGUUAUGGAGGGGCUGGUCGAGCCACCAAGGCGAUCAAUGGGGCCAGAUUUGGUGUAAUCGGGGUGGUGGUUUACACUGAUCCAGGAGACAUCAAUGACAAGAAAGCCUCGGCAGAGGAGACAUACCCCCAUUCCUGGUACCUCCCCCCUUCAGGAGUAGAGAGGGGGUCCUACACCAGCCACUUUGGAGACCAGUUGACACCAUACUACCCUGCCAAAGAUUUUACCUACAGGAUCCCAGAGGACAACCUCACAGGGAUCCCUCCAAUUCCAACCCAACCCAUUGGCUUUGAGGAUGCCAGGACGCUGAUCUGUAACCUGACUGGGCCUGCAGCGAGUGACUCUUGGCAAGGAUCUUUGGGCUGCAUCUACAGGCUGGGACCAGGAUUCCAGGAUGGAGGGCUAUUCCCUAACACCAGUGUUGUCCAGGUGAAUGUCUACAAUCAAAGAAGGAUUGAGAAAUCUUCUAAUGUGUUGGGGCUGAUUCAAGGAAGUGUGGAACCUGACCGGUAUGUCCUGUAUGGUAACCACCGGGACAGCUGGGUGCACGGUGCUAUUGAUCCCAGCAGCGGGACAGCAGUAAUGCUGGAGAUCACACGGAUUUUGGGCAAGAUGGUGAAGGAAGGGAAAUGGCGCCCACGAAGGUCCAUUAUUUUUGGCAGCUGGGGUGCAGAGGAAUUUGGUCUUAUUGGUUCCACUGAGUACACAGAGGAAUUUUUCAGCAAAUUGCAACAGCGCAGUGUGGCCUACAUCAACGUGGACAUUGCGGUCUUUGCCAAUGCUACCUUGAGCGUCCAGGGAACCCCACCUAUCCAAAGUGUUGUUUUUGAAGCAACCAAACAGGUCCAGACCCCAGGAAGUAAUUCCAUUUCAGUGUAUGAUAACUGGAAACUCCAUUUCAACCGAACCAGCUCUAUCUAUGGAGACAUCCCCAGUUUAGGAUCCCUGGGUGCCGGAAGCGAUUAUGCCCCUUUUGUUCACUAUUUAGGCAUCACAUCCAUGGAUAUUGCUUACACCUAUGAUCGGAGCAAGACUUCAGCGCGCAUUUAUCCUGCCUACCACACAGCCUUUGACACUUUUGACUAUGCGGAUAAGUUCAUUGAUCCAGGAUUCACCAGUCACCAGACUGUGGCACGGACAGCUGGCAACAUUUUGAUGCGCCUGGCUGAUACCUUGAUCCUUCCACUCAAUGUGACUGACUACGGGGAGAUGCUGGAACAGAUGUAUAAUGCUGCCAACCAGGAGGCUAUUGUGACAGACCUGGUGAACCACAAUAUGUCACUUGCCCCACUCCAGGCUGCAAUUGCGCACUUCAAGACAGCAGCUGCCCGCCUCGAUCAGCGGAUUGCCAGACUGGAGGAAGAAGAAUCUCCCAGUCCUCUCCAUGUGCGGAUGGUGAACGACCAGCUGAUGUUGCUAGAAAGGGCAUUCCUGAACCCCAGGGCCUUCCCGGACAGGUAUUACUACAGCCACAUCAUCAUGGCUUCCAGAUCAUCUGCCAUCGCCACCUUCCCUGGCCUUGCUGAUGCCUACUCCAAUGCCAAGGAGCUGGGCAACUGGGAGAAUGUCCACCAGCACCUGACAAUCAUUGUCCAAGCCAUAGAAAAUGCAGCAUCUAUCCUUGAACCGGUGGACCAGUAAUGGCAAUAACAGGAAUAAUGCUGAGCCUUUAUUAAAUGCUGUAGAGUGUUCAAA